GCUGUCAGAUUCAGAACUCGACCGUCGUGUGCUCGAGUCUGUUUCCACGCUGUAUUCCUCGCACGAGUGAAACAAAAGCUGCCGAGAGCCUACUUUUUGGAGUCUUCCUGAAGGGGAGAAAAUGCUUGCACGUUUCCUUGGUGACUGAUCUCCACGAACAACAGAUUUCAACCUGUGGAUACUGCGUGGCGUGCGCCAGUUUCCAGCCAUAGGGAUUCGGGACGCUCUCCCCUCUAACCGGCUGCGUGCUUGAUUGUUUCCCGGCGUCGGUCUGUGGCGCGCUGUGUGGUCCAGUGUCUCGUUUAUGAAUGGCCCUGACAUGGAGGAAAUUCCGUUUCAGAAAGUCAAAACCCGGCGGAAGAAAAGCCACUGUCCACCCGGCGUCCCUCUGACUACUAUCGCAUGCGAGGACGAGUUCGACUGUAAGGAGCUGGAGUCUCUGUUCCAGAACUACAACCUAAAGCUGGAGCAGACGUCCACUCUCAAAGCCCUGGCGGUGCUCAUCAUCAUGGCAUCGACGCUGGCCGUGGUGGAGUUGCUUUCCGGGCCCAAUCUGACCAUCCCCAAGGGGUCCCAUCCUGUCCACUGUAUCGUCUUCGUAUCCCUCUUCAUUGUCACCAACGUCAAAUACCUACAGGUGACCCAGCUCCAGCAGAUCGUCAACCUGACCUUGCUCUUCGCCUUCACCUUCUCGUUCCUCUGCUGUCCCUUCUCUCUCGGAGCCGUGGGGCUGGAGCCCCCGACCAACCCGGAGCAGGGCAUGUGGCAGCUCAUGCUGGUUACAUUCGUCGCCUACUCACUCCUGCCCGUGCGGACUCUGUUAGCAGUAGUGUUUGGAAUAAUGAUUGCCAUCUCUCAUGUAAUUGUGACAGCGACCUCGGUGACUGUCAAGACGCAGAAAUUAUGGAGAACGCUGGUGGCCAACACAGUGCUGUUUACCAGUGUGAACCUGUCUGGAUUGUUUGUGCGCAUCCUGACUGAGCGAGCCCAAAGGAAGGCUUUCCUACAGGCACGCAACUGCAUCGAGGAGAGGCUACGCAUGGAGGACGAGAAUGAGAAACAGGAGCGCCUUCUGAUGAGUUUGUUGCCAAGGAACGUGGCAAUGGAGAUGAAAGAAGAUUUCCUGAAGCCUCCUGAAAGGAUCUUCCACAAGAUCUACAUCCAACGCCAUGACAACGUCAGUAUCCUGUUUGCUGAUAUCGUGGGGUUCACCAGUCUGGCGUCCCAGUGUACAGCCCAGGAACUGGUCAAACUACUCAACGAGCUCUUUGGGAAGUUUGAUGAGCUGGCCACAGAGAACCACUGUAGGCGUAUAAAGAUCCUGGGAGACUGUUACUACUGUGUGUCAGGUCUGACCCAGCCUAAGACUGACCACGCUCACUGCUGCGUGGAGAUGGGCCUGGACAUGAUCGACACCAUCACGUCGGUAGCGGAGGCCACCGAGGUGAAUCUGAACAUGCGUGUGGGUCUCCACACGGGCCGGGUUCUGUGUGGGGUCCUGGGACUGAGGAAGUGGCAGUAUGACGUGUGGUCCAACGAUGUCACACUGGCCAACGUGAUGGAGGCAGGGGGACUGCCUGGGAAGGUCCACAUCACCAAGGCGACCCUGGACUCCCUGAAUGGAGACUAUGAGGUUGAACCAGGCAACGGUCAUGAGAGAAAUGCCUUCCUCCUCAAACACCAGAUCGAGACCUUCUUCAUUGUGCCAACUCACCGACGGAAAAUAUUCCCAGGAUUGAUUCUCUCGGAUAUAAAACCUGCCAAAAAGAUGAAGUUUAAGACGGUGUGCUACUUGCUGGUGCAGCUCAUGCACUGUAGGAAGAUGUUUAAGGCCGAGAUACCUUUCUCAAACGCCAUGAACUGUGAGGAUGGUGACAAGUUAAGUCAGGACUCCGUUUCCCACAAUGCUGUGCCACAGCGGAGGGCCCUGCGGACGGCUCCAGAUAAACUGCGGAACCGGACUUCAGUGUCAGCUAACGUGAGCCAGGCCAGCCCGGGCACGCGGGUCAACCGCUACAUUGGUCGUCUGAUCGAGGCGAGGCAGACAGAGUCGGACACCGCUGACCUCAACUUCCUUACACUCAUGUACAAGUGCUCUGAGCGCGAGCAGAGGUACCACCAGCUACAUGAUGAGUACUUCUCCAGCGCUGUUGUCCUCUCUCUAAUCCUAGCUGCCUUGUUCGGCCUUGUCUACUUUCUCAUCAUCCCACAGGGAACAGUGGUUCUGGUCCUACUGGUCACCUGCAUCUGUUUCCUAGUAGUUUGUAUCAUGUACCUGCAUGUCACUAAAUUACAGUGUUUUCCAGGGUGCCUCACUAUUCAGAUCCGUACUGUUCUGUGUGUUCUCAUAGUGCUCUUAAUCUAUGCUGUAGCCCAGGCCUGUGUGGUGGGCUGCAUGCCGUGGCUGUGGGGUAGUCCCCACCACUCCAACAGCUCCAUUGUCAACAUGGAUACAGCAGGCCCGCUACGCAGCUUCAACCGUACUUUGAUGGAGCUGCCAUGUGACGGUGCCCGCUACGCUUUCUUGUCAUGCGUUGUGGGCACGCUGACACUGGCGCUCUUCCUGCGCGUAUCCUGGAUGCCAAAGAUGGCACUGUUGCUCCUCCUGGGGGUACUGUAUGUCACUGUGCUGGAGCUCAGCGGAUUCAGACGCACCGCGAGUGGGGGGUCUAAUCUACAGAUCCGGGGCUAUGAGCCCAUCCUAUCCCUGCUGCUGUUCACCAGUGCCCUGGCCCUCCACUCCAGACAACUGGACCUCAAACUACGACUGGAUUUUCUUUGGGCCACACAGGCAGAGGAGGAGAGGGAUGGCAUGGAGAAGGUCAAGCUGGACAACAGGCGGAUUCUUUUCAACCUGCUUCCUGCUCACGUGGCUCAACACUUCCUCCUGUCCAACCCCAGAAACAUGGAUCUGUAUUACCAGUCCUAUGCCCAAGUCGGAGUGCUGUUUGCUUCCAUCCCCAACUUCAACGACUUCUACAUUGAGCUGGAUGGGAACAACAUGGGAGUAGAGUGUCUGAGACUACUCAAUGAAAUCAUCGCUGAUUUUGACGAGCUCAUGGAUAAAGAUUGCUAUAAGGACAUUGAGAAGAUCAAAACCAUUGGAAGCACGUAUAUGGCAGCUGUGGGUCUAGUCCCCACCAUCGGAACAAAGGACAAAAGAUCUGUCUAUGAUCACCUGAGCACAGUUGCAGACUAUGCUAUUGAGAUGUUUGAUGUGCUGGAUGAAAUCAACUACCAGUCAUACAACGACUUUGUCUUGAGAGUGGGUAUCAACGUGGGUCCGGUGGUGGCGGGGGUGAUCGGGGCCAGAAGGCCUCAGUAUGAUAUCUGGGGGAACACAGUAAACGUGGCCAGUCGCAUGGACAGCACCGGAGUCCCUGGCAAGAUACAGGUAACAGAGGAUGUGUACCGUAUCCUGGGGGAUAACUAUGACCUGGUGUGCCGGGGGAAGGUUAGCGUGAAGGGUAAGGGUGAGAUGCUCACCUAUUUCCUGGAGGGCAAGGUCCACAGCGCGGGCUGCGCCACCACCUCCUCUGUGGUGCGCUCUGCCAGCCUGAACCGCCGUGCCCACUCCUGCGGCAAGGCCAGCGUUCCCACCAAACUGGGCAGUGUCAACUCUGUCGCCAGCUUCACAGUUCGCGCCAGCAUGGUUAGCCUCGGUGGCACGGGUAACAGCAGCUCUAGCCCCAGUGUCAAUGUCAGUAUCCACCCCAUGCCAUGCUUGCCCUCACCCUGUGUGCCCACACUGGGAGAGGAGGAUGAAGAAGAGGAGACAGAUGUAGAUGUGGGAGGAGUGGUGGUGGAACGGGUGAAAGAAUUGGCUGUGUAGGGAGGUGGAGAGAAGAAGUGCCGCACUGUUGUAAACUUGAGUUCCAGACCUCCCCGUCCUGGGCUAUCACAUCCGCCAGGAGUCACUGGGGGUCCCACUAAAGAUUGAACCAGGGUCUCCUGUGGGUAAAUGGUACACUGGGAUACUGGGACAGCCCACUGCACAAUGGCGGGAUGCUCCUCGAGGAGUCACCUGUCUCUGAGGAUGGUCAGACUGGAGAACUGGACAAUCACACCUAGGAUGGCUGCACGAUAAAAUCACGCAGACUUGAUUGAGUUUGUUGUUACAUAAAUAGUGACUUGCCACUGUUUGCAACCAAACACAAUCAACUGAAGAUUUCCGGCUUCCAGCAUUGGAACAUCAGGCUCCUGGUGACAUGACCAGAAGUAUGAGUGAGUGUGUGAGUGAGUGUGUGUGUACACUCCCAACAGGGGGACAUGCACAAAGCACAGCCCAGUAUUAACCAACCAUUAACCCCAGUAUUAACCACAUAAAAAGACUGAACUUUUUGUCUUCUUCUCUGAUUAUGCCAAGGAUUCAUUCCAUCCUUCAAGGUGUAAUAGGCUAGUUUUCGUGUACUGUAAAUACGGUAUGCAUGCAUGUGUGUAUUCAUACACAAGUAUUUAUAUGUGUGUAUGCAUGUGGGUGUUCGACCUUAAAUCUUAAAUGAAAUAGCACAAAUACAAGUUUUUAUACAUUCAAAAAGUCCUCAACAUCUCAAAAGGCUUUUGACACAACGUCUUUAGUAGUGCAUGACCUGUUAGUGCUGGUCUGGACUGGUCUGGUUUCCUGUCGAGUGUAAACCAAAGCAAUGAGCUCCUCUAACAUCCUGUUGUUUAGUACUUUGUCCUUCACAAAAGGAGCACUACUGCCGUCUAGGUUUCUGGCUUUUUAGAGCAAGUCAUGGUCAGGGGGGGGUCAAAUACUCAAUAGUCAAGAUAUAUGGUUUACUGCAUAUGACAUAUUUUAAGUCUCAUGGAUCCAAACAAAUAAUCAUGGCUGUUUGGUAAGACUGUUUAGAACCAGAAUGGUCUGGUUUUACAUAAGGGUAAGUCACUUAGUGUUACAUUUCUAAUGUAGGGACCAGGUGCAACACACACACAGUCAGACAUAGCUUUGUUUGCAUCCAUGAACUUGUCGAGUUGUGUAUUGAUCAGGGCUUGUUAUUCGUCCAUUGCUCUGCCCUGAUAGGGAUUAUGUGUGGGGGUGUGUGUCCUGUGUCGGCUAUACACGCAGCAGGCUGUAGCCAAGGCUUUGAAGGGACAGGGAGGUCGGUAAAAUAGGCAUUGGGUAAGGUGCGUUGGCUUUGACCCACAGUGCGAUGCCCUCAUCCUUGAGUCCCCGAUGUAGGCUAUAGAACUUUAGUUAAUGCCAAACCUGGAACAGUCUCUCUUACGCACAACCACCAACACAUACGUAUGUAUGCUCGCUCCUUCACACAUUCUCUGUGACACACACACACAAACACAAACACAUACACAAGCACGCACGUACACACAAACACAUACACACGCACGCACACACAAACACAUACACACGCACGCACGUACACACGCACGCACACACACACACACACACAGAAAACAGUAUUGUGCAAAUACAUACAGACUUAGCAACAUCUGUGGCAGCUGUAGAAUCACAGUGUUUCCAACUCCCAUGCUGUAGACUAUGACCAUUAGAUAGAGAGAUGACGACUUUCCCUUGAUCUGCAAAAAUGUAAAUACAUCAAGUUUCAAGUAUUUUGCCUUACUUCUAUAAAUGCUUACAGUGAUUGAAAAAUGCCUUUUUAGCGCAUCACUUUGACACGCAGAACUUUGUAAAUAAAUGACUACUACAGCUGUAAACAACGUUGUAUCUUGUACAGUGUAAAGUUGGGUUAUCUCAGAAUUUGUAAUAAACACACUUUAUUGAUGUA